GGUCAAAUAAUUGUUGCCUGGCCAGCGCGUGAUGGGCCAGUCAGUGUUCAGCUGCGGAAAAACUGCGCUCAAUUUUUUAUUUGUUUCAUUCGGCCCAAAUUUGUUUAAAUUUAGAAAGUGAUAAGAGAGCAUCUGCUAGAGAUAAAAGAACGAAAAACAGUGCGAAUAAGGAGCUGAAAUCAGAGAAACGAAGAUGCUCUCUGCAAUUUACCAAAAGUCGAUGGCCACCAUUGGCCGCAGGGUGCCGGAGAAGCUACAGCCACUUUGGAAACACCCUGCUGGGCCGCAAACUGUGUUCUUUUGGGGGCCUAUAGUCAAAUGGGGCCUUGUUCUUGCUGGGAUUGGAGAUCUUACUAGACCCGCUGACCAACUUAGCGUGAAGCAAUACAGCUCGCUUGCGGCCACCGGCUUCAUUUGGUCCAGAUACUGUUUGGUGAUAAUACCGAAAAACUACAGUUUAUGCGCUGUGAACUUUUUUGUCGGCCUAACUGGCGCCUACCAAGUCGCAAGAGCUCUCAACCACCAACGCCAACAAGACGCUCUGGAAGCCGCGGCAGCAAAGAACUAACAACUGUGAUCUGUGAUCGUUGCAAAAUUAGUUUAAUUUGACGAAAAUAGAACUAUGUAUUUGUCAAUACCAAAUAUUCGGAAAUCAAAUAUAUUAUAUUUUAAAUAA